AUUGUACAUAGCUUUAAUAUACUGUAAAAGUAACAUUACGAAAUAGUUAACAAUAUUCAAUAGAAGAAAUAUAAUUUUAAACUUAAUUUCAUUCAUUUUUAAAUAUAAUCUGCAUAAAAUAAGUAACGUUUGUUAUUAGAAUCUUUUUAAAAUUAUUUUAUAGUUAUACAUUAUAUUAGCACAUUGCAAUAUUGUAAGUUAAAUUUCAAAUUACUUAAUAAAUACGUUUGAUAUUAUUAUCAUGUUCGAAACACAUGAGGAAGGACAAUUUAGUGAUGCUGAUGAAACUGAAAUAACAUCGAUUAAAUCAAGAGGAGCACCAUUGUUUCAAUGCACACUGGUCAAAGAUAUUGCAGAAUUAACGUUAACACAAAGCGAUGACGAAGAACAGUAUUUCAGUGAUGAUAAUUAUUAUUGGGAUAUAGAUAAUGCUGGAAAUAAUCGGAAAGAUGUAGUCAAAAAUGUAAAUGCACGGAGUAUUAAUGCACAAUCUGCUUCCAAUAAGAUAUCUAAUUAUCAACCAAAUGAUAAAUUAUUUCGUCGUUAUUCUAAUAAGAUCAAUAUGGAAAAAUAUGAAGGUCCAUCACUGCCAGGACAUGCUGCUAAUUUUCUCAUAGAAACUGACAAACGUAUUAAUAAGGAUCGCAUUAGAACUAAAGAUAAACAUGAUCGAGCAACAGUCGAACAAGUUAUGGAUGCUCGUACUAAGAUGAUAUUGUUUAAAUUCUUAAAUCAAGGAAUAAUAGGUGAAAUAAAUGGCUGUAUUUCAACUGGAAAAGAAGCUAAUGUUUAUCAUGCGAUAUCUAAAACCGGAAAUGAAUUUGCUAUAAAAAUUUACAAAACUUCUAUUUUACGUUUCAAAGAUCGCGAUAAGUACGUAACUGGAGAAUUUCGUUUUCGGCAUGGAUAUUGUCGUCAUAAUCCUCGCAAAAUGGUAAGGACAUGGGCUGAAAAAGAAGUUAGAAAUUUAACACGCAUAAACCAAGCAGGUAUAAACGCUCCUAAACCAAUUAGAUUACGUAGUCAUGUAUUAUUAAUGGAAUUUAUUGGUACCAAUGGUUGGCCUUCGCCUAAAUUGAAAGAUGCUGAUAUCAAUGCUUCAAAGUAUAGAAAACUUUAUACAGAAUGCAUCAAAAUGAUGUGGCAAAUGUAUCAUAAAUGUAAAUUAGUUCAUGCUGAUUUAAGUGAAUACAAUAUGCUCUAUCGCGAUGGAUCUCUUGUACUAAUAGAUGUAUCUCAAUCGGUCGAACACGAUCAUCCUAUGGCUCUCGAAUUUCUUCGAAAAGAUUGUACAAAUAUUAGUGAGUAUUUUAAGAAAAAUGACGUAUGCGUAAUGUCUGUAAAAGCAUUGUUUGACUUCAUAACGGAUCCAACAGUGAAUGAAAAUAACAUGGAUGAGUAUUUAAAUAUAAUGUCAAGCCAAGUACAUGAAAGAAUAGAUCAAGAAAGUUAUCCCGAACAAGAAAUAAACGAGCAAGUUUUCAAACAAGCUUAUAUACCACAAAGAUUAAAUCAAGUGAUUGAUGUAGAACGAGAUAUAAAACUUGCUAAAACAAAGAAAGAAGAUUUGAUUUAUAAAACAUUAAUAGGAUUGAAAGCAGAUUUGUCCAAACCUAAUAAAAUACCUGAAGUUAUAACCAAAAAAUCUAAGAAAAGUAUCACAGAUAAUAACGGAAAAGAAGAAGAAGAAGAAGAAAGAGACAGUAGUGAUGAUGAAAGUAUAUGUUCGAGUAAUGUGGAUUCAGACAGCGAUAGCAAAGAAAGUGAAAAAAAAUUUACUAAUUCCGCACGUCCUCGUAAUGAAAGUCCGGAGAGUAAAAAGGCUCGGAAAAAAGCUAUCAAAGAACAACAAGCUGAGAAGAGGAAAAGUAAAGUCAAAAAGCACGUAAAGAAAAGAAAAGAAAAAAUACUUAAAAAGAAAUAGAAACAUAUAUUGAAACAAUAUUGCAUCUGAUAUAAAUGAAAAAUUUAUUUUAUUAAUAAGAUUAAGUAACAAGAAAUUAACAAACAGUAACGUGCAGUAAAAAGCUAUAAUUAAUUAUAUAUUUCUUUUAAAUUUGGUUUAAAUGAAGAAAGACAAAAAAAAUAUGAGGAAAAAUUGAAAGAAAAAGAAUCGACUUAAAAAGAUAAUUACAGCACAUAUUUUUUUAAUAACGUAAAUGACUUCCAAUAUAAUUUAUUUUCUAUUAGAUCGUUUCAAAUAUGUUGCAUUAAAAUUUUACAGAUUAUAUUUACGAUAUUACAAUACUGCUAUUGCGUAAUUUAAGUAAAAAAUUACGCGUGAAAAUGUAAUUUAUUUUUUAUCGAAUGUCAUAAGUAUGUAUAAAUAUGCAAUAAUCUAUAUUUGUAUAUAUGAAUUUAAUUGACUAAGCUCGAUAGAAUGAUAUGCUGAAAUAAAGUAAAUGUAAAAACA